AUGAGACUACCCAUAUUAGGCCUUCUAUUCGGUCUCCUGAGCUUCGUCUCGGCAUUGAGCGCGACAGGAAGAAAAUUGCUAGUCAUUAUCGAGGAUGAUGCAGACAAAUCAAAGUACACGCAAUUCUGGACAGACCUCGAGAAUCGCGGCUUCCAAAUCACAUAUCGCGCGCCGAAAGACUCCUCACUGUCGCUCUUCGCAUAUGGCCUCCCAGCCUACUCGCAUCUCCUCCUUCUCCCAGUCAAGGCUAAAGGUCUUGGACCAGCUCUUACACCAAACCUGCUUGUCGACUUCGUCAACGGCGGAUCGAACAUCCUCCUCGCCCUCUCCGGUGAGAAGGCAAUCCCGAGCGCGAUCUCAAGCUUGCUCCUCGAAAUGGACAUCAACCUCCCACCCGACCGAACGAGCGUCGUAGUCGAUCAUUUCAACCACGACAGCAAAAGCGCCGCAGAGAAGCAUGAUGUCUUGCUACUUCCAGCUCCAAAUUUCAAGCAGAAUGUCAAGAACUUCUUCAGCGUGGACGGCCUGAUUGCCUUCCCGCAUGCAGUUGGACAAGUUCUGGGCAAUGACUCACCAUUGCUUUCGUCAGUAGUAAAGGCACCGAGCACGGCGUAUGUGUACAAUCCGAAAGAUGAUAGCGAAGCUGGCCCAGAAGAUCUCUUCGCAACUGGCUCGCAGAUCAAUAUUGUAUCUGCCUUCCAAGCUCGCAAUAGUGCACGCUUCACAGUUCUAGGCAGCGCAGAGGCCUUGGAGGACAAGUGGUUUGAUGCAUCUGUACAGCUGCCAGGUGCAGGCAAAAAGGGCGAGAAGAGCAGUAACAAGGCAUUCGCGGAGAAAUUGUCUGCGUGGACAUUCAAAGAGCUGGGUGUGCUGAAGGUUGGAUCUAUCAAGCACUACCUGAACGAGGGACCACAGAAGAACAUUGCGAACGCUUCCGAGGUCGCGUCUCUUGACCUGAACCCAACAAUCUACCGAAUCAAGAAUGAUGUGCACUACGAGAUUGAGGUCAGCGAGUGGGAGAGCGACCAUUGGGCCCCAUUCCACCCACCAGCCGGUGACAAUCUCCAGCUUGAGUUCAGCAUGCUUUCGCCAUUCCACAGACUCAACUUGCAGCCAAAGAGCCAGACCGCCAACAGCACGAUCUACGCGCAAGAGUUCCGCACACCAGACCAACACGGCAUAUUCAACUUCUUCGUUGAGUACCGAAGACCGUUUUACACCAAUGUCGAGGAGAAGGUCACAGUGACAGUGAGACAUUUUGCUCACGAUGAGUGGCCACGGUCAUAUGCCAUCUCAGCUGCAUGGCCGUGGAUAUCUGGCAUCUGGGCCACUGUUGGCGGCUGGAUCGUCUUUGUGGCUGUCUGGCUCUACAGUGCGCCGAAAGAGGCAAAGGCUAAGACGAGGUAG